AUGAGCUACUAUGGCAGCUACUACGGAGGCCGCGGCUACGGCUGGGGCGGCUUCGGCGGCCUGGGCUGUGGCUAUGGCUCCGGCUGGGGCUGGGGCGGCUUCGGCGGCCUGGGCUGUGGCUAUGGCUACAGAAGCUAUGGCUGUGGCUGCUGGCGACCUCAUCUUGAACAGAAACACACUCCCCCUGACACCAUGAGCUACUACGGCAGCUACUACGGAGGCCGCGGCUACGGCUGGGGCGGCUUCGGCGGCCUGGGCUGUGGCUAUGGCUCCGGCUGGGGCUGGGGCGGCCUUGGGGGCCUGGGCUGUGGCUAUGGCUACAGAAGCUAUGGCUGUGGCUGCUGGCGACCUCGUCUUGAACAGAAACACACUCCCCCUGACACCAUGAGCUACUAUGGCAGCUACUACGGAGGCCGCAGCUACGGCUGGGGUGGCUUCGGCGGCCUGGGCUGUGGCUAUGGCUACAGAAGCUAUGGCUGUGGCUGCUGGCGCCCGUCCUGCUGGGGGGGAUACGGAUACUCUGGCUUCUACUGA